AUGUCCAAAGACGAGCAAUCAGCUUUAAAGGAACGCCUGAUGACCUUUCCUGUGGAACCUUUUAACGACGAGACGAACAUUUAUCCCUACUACGUCAUUUUUGCAAACGGUGGUGUUAAGGUCAAAGUUCCAAUCGCUGUCGACGCCAACACAUAUUGUUGCAUCCAAGAAAACUCAUCUCUUUUCCUCGAGAAGUUAAAGGAUCAGUUGUCCACAAUGUUUCCGAAGACGUUGUCAGAAGAUACUUCUAUGUCGCCGAGGCUUGAUUCGAAGAAGUCUUAUAUUCUUGUUUCCGAUACGUCAAAACAGGAUUUGGCACUUGUGAAUCCCAGUGAACAUUCAAUAACCAACUCGUCUUUCGAUGAAAUGAGGAAUUUUCAAAAUGAAUUUAGAAGGAUCCGAUGCUUCUAUGGCUUGACCUACAGUGACGUGGCACAGUCUCUUUCGGACUGUUACAAGGUCAACCAGUCCGCCUACAUGAUUUAUCGUCUUGAGAGAUGUUCUUUGACAGCUUGGAAGCAUUCGCAAGUUCUUGCUCUCAUUCGACGUUGGAUGGCUGACAUGAAGACGCCUAAACGGCGAGCUCGCCUUUUUCCACCUUGGAAGCUCAAACAAUCCCUUUUAAUGCGAUAUGAGAAAUUGGGCGCUAAAUCAAUUACCUUUACUAAGGAUCAACAGGCGGAAAUGGAGAAGUUCUAUACGAAAGCAGGUUCUAUUAAUUUUUUUGGUUUUUUUGCCACCUGA